AAGUAGCAUUGCAGGUGACAGGGGAGUCAGUAGCACAGCAGUAAAGGAGAGAGGCUUCUACAAUACACCUGUCCUCUGGUCACCUCUGCAGCUCAGAACAGACAAAAUGACACAGGAUUAUUUUGGGUUCUCCUUAGUUAGAAGUGUGCCUAUUAAUGGCACAGUGGCAGUCAACAACCCGGCGGAUAUCUCUGUGAUUGUGAUCUACUUUGUGGUUGUCCUGGCAGUCGGAGUAUGGGCUAUGGUGAGCACAAACCGAGCCACCGUAGGUGGAUUCUUCCUGGCAGGAAGAAGCAUGGUGUGGUGGCCAAUUGGGGCAUCCCUCUUUGCGAGCAACAUUGGCAGUGGGCAUUUUGUUGGCAUCGCAGGGACUGCAGCUGCAGGUGGACUUGCCAUUGGCGGAUUCGAAUGGAAUGCCCUUGUGGUGGUGAUCAUUCUUGGAUGGCUCUUUGUUCCCAUUUACAUCAAAGCUGGGGUGGUGACCAUGCCAGAGUACUUGAGGAAGAGGUUCGGAGGCCAGCGCAUCCGCAUCUAUCUCUCAGUGCUCUCACUCUUCCUCUAUGUCUUCACUAAGAUCUCAGCAGAUAUGUUUUCUGGAGCCAUCUUUAUUAACCAGGCUCUGGGGCUGAAUAUCUACCUUGCUGUGAUUCUCCUGCUAAGUAUCACGGCUCUAUACACCGUCACAGGUGGACUGGCUGCAGUGAUCUACACAGACACAUUGCAGACCAUCAUCAUGGUCGUGGGAUCUUUCAUCCUCAUGGGUUAUGCCUUCAAUGAGGUGGGAGGUUAUGAAAACUUCCAGACGCGCUACAUGGAGGCCAUACCCACUCUGACUGGGGUCAACAUCAGUGAGAGCUGCUACACCCCUCGGCCUGACUCCUUCCACAUCUUCAGGGACGCGGUGACAGGGGACCUGCCCUGGCCAGGCCUGGUGUUUGGCCUCACUGUCCAGGCCACCUGGUACUGGUGCACUGAUCAGGUGAUUGUCCAGCGCUGUCUAUCUGCCAAGAAUCUUUCCCAUGUCAAGGCUGGCUGUAUCCUGUGUGGCUACCUGAAGCUGCUGCCCAUGUUCCUCAUGGUCUUCCCUGGCAUGAUCAGCCGAAUCCUCUACCCAGACGAGGUGGCUUGCGUGGAACCAGAGGAGUGUCUGAGGUACUGUGGGGCCAGUGUUGGCUGCACCAACAUUGCUUAUCCCAAACUGGUGGUGGACCUCAUGCCAAAUGGUCUGCGAGGCCUGAUGCUGUCGGUGAUGAUGGCGUCUCUGAUGAGCUCCCUGACCUCCAUCUUCAACAGUGCCAGCACCCUGUUCACGAUGGACAUUUACACCAAGAUACGCAGCUCCUCCUCCGAGAAGGAACUCAUGAUCGCUGGGAGGGUGUUUAUCCUGGUUCUGAUCGGGGUGAGUAUAGCGUGGAUCCCUGUGGUCCAGUCUGCUCAGAGCGGCCAGCUCUUUGACUACAUCCAGUCAAUCACCAGCUACCUGACUCCGCCCAUCGCUGCCACCUUCAUGCUCGCCAUCUUCUGUAAGCGCGUCAAUGAGCCGGGUGUGUUCUAUGGCCUUACGAUAGGCCUGGCUAUUGGCUUAACCAGGAUGAUCAGUGAGUUUGCCUAUGGGACAGGAAGCUGUGUGACCCCCACUAACUGUCCUGAGAUCAUCUGUGGGGUCCACUACCUCUACUUCUCCAUUAUUCUGUUCUGUAUCUCCUGCCUGCUGAUAGUCAGCAUCUCCCUCAUGACCAAACCCAUUGACGACAAACAUUUGCACCGCUUGUGCUGGCAGCUGAGGAACAGCACAGAGGAGAGGGUGGAUCUGGAGCUAGACAAUUGGAAAGAAGAUCAAGAACCUACCUAUGUGGAUAUUGAUGAUAAGAGAGAGCCCACCGAGGAGCCAGGCUGUUGUAAGAAGGCAGUGUUGAGCUUCUGUGGCUUGGAGAAAUCGACUGCUCCCAAGCUGAGUGCUGAGGAGCAGGCUGAGCUGCAGAGGCAACUCACAGACACCUCAGAGAAACCCAUGUGGAGGAACGUGGUCAAUGCCAACGCCAUCAUCCUCCUGUGCGUCUGUGUUUUCUUGCACGGCUUCUACGGUUAAACAUCUCCUCAUACUGGAACCCCCCCUGCCCUGGAGUCUGGACUGUCUAACCAUAAACUUGGGUAGUCUCCUCUUUCAACCCUGAAAUCCCCCCUGACUCACAGGCCCACAAUACACUGUGAAUUGCCACCUCUCUUACACUCCCUCCCUCUAUCCAUCAUCUGUACUGGAGUCUGGACUGUCUAACCAUAAACUUGGGUAGUCUCUUCUUUCAACCCUGAAAUCCCCCCUGACUCACAGGCCCACAAUGCACUGUGAAUUGCCACCUCUCUCCACCUCUCUUACACUCCCUCCCUCUAUCCAUCAUCUGUACCUCUUAACUCUGUAAUCUCCACACCCCCGCAAUGUGGUCAAUGCUACGAACACCUUACCUAGCUCCAUACCUGAACGGGCCUAGGCCCUCUAACUGGGAGUCACAACGCUCCUUUGUUUGGUGUUCUUUGUUCUUUGCUUUGUGGACUUUAAAUGUAUGUACCUGUAUGUUGAAUGUGUAAUGAAGAUCAUGAGGAUGAUGAAGAGGAUAAUGAUGAUGAUGAUACUGAUGAUGGUGCUGAUGAAGGAUCUGAAUAGAACUCGGUGUCCAAUGGUAUCCAAUGUUCACUUUGAACUUUCUGCCCUUCAUGAAGUUACUAUGGUUUGGUAUAUUAACCAGGUGGGGCUGCAGUAGGAAUAAACUUGCAUAAUUUAA